AUGCCCAAGGAGAAGACCACCACUCGCAAGGCCGCAGCCAAGGGCAAGGCCGACGGCGGCAAGAAGAAGAAGGACCCAAACAUGCCAAAGCGUGGUCUUUCUGCAUACAUGUUCUUCGCCAACGACCAGCGUGACAAGGUCCGCGAAGACAACCCAGGCAUCAAGUUCGGCGAGGUUGGCAAGAUUCUCGGAGAGAAGUGGAAGGCCCUCAACGAGAAGCAGAAGGCACCGUACGAAGCAAAGGCUGCGGCCGACAAGAAGCGCUAUGAGGAGGAGAAGGCUGCCUACACGGCUCAAGGCGUCGAUGAUGACGAAGACGAGGAGUAA